CUUAACAUUAUUAUUUCAAAUGCAAAGAGCUGGAUGGCCUUUUGGAGCCUUUCUUCUUCUCUUCCUCUCCUUGGCCUCCUGUCUCUCUUGCUUUCCCAUCAAACCUCCUUGAUCACCACCACCAAUGUUCGCUUUGCCAUUGUACAAAAACCUAUUGAUCAACCAGAGGUGGCAAAUGGACCGGUUGGAUCAAUCUUUUCUGUCUUCCGCGAGGCCCCUGCUUUUCGCAAUGGGGAGACAUGUGGAUCUUUGGCCACGGAUCGGAUUCACGUGGCCAUGACCCUUGAUGCUAAUUACUUAAGAGGUACUAUGGCUGCUUUGUUAUCAAUUCUCCAACAUUCCACUUGCCCUGAAAAUGUAACUUUUCAUUUUCUAUGGGUAAGACAUGAACACGAGGUAUUCUCAAGCAUUAAGUCCACAUUUCCCUACCUCAACUUUAAGGUCUACAUCUUUAAUGUCCACAGGGUCCGUGGCUUAAUUUCCAAGUCUAUACGUCAAGCUUUAGACCAACCCUUGAAUUAUGCAAGAAUAUAUUUGGCUAAUUUGAUCCCCGAUGAGGUGAAACGCGUAAUUUAUCUUGAUUCUGACCUUGUCAUGGUUGAUGACAUUGCGAAAUUAUGGAAGGUUGAUUUAGGUGACAAAGUUUUGGCUGCACCAGAAUAUUGUCAUGCAAAUUUUACCACUUAUUUUACAAAAACAUUUUGGUCUGAUCCAUAUAUGCCAAGAACAUUUGAAGGGCGAAAACCGUGCUAUUUUAACACAGGGGUGAUGGUAAUGGACGUGGAUAAGUGGAGACAAGGAAAUUAUACAAAGAGAGUUGAGGAUUGGAUGGUUGUGCAGAAACAAAAGAGGAUAUAUCAGUUGGGUUCUAUGCCACCAUUCUUGCUUGUAUGGGCAGGAAAUAUAAUGCCAAUUGAUCAUAAAUGGAACCAACAUGGAUUAGGUGGUGAUAAUAUUGAAGGUAAAUGCAGGAGUUUGCAUCCUGGACCUAUUAGCCUACUACAUUGGAGUGGCAAAGGUAAGCCAUGGUUGAGAUUGGAUUCAAGAAAACCAUGUAGUGUUGAUCAUUUGUGGGCUCCUUACGAUCUUUAUCGUUCCCCCAGACAUUCAUUCGAGGAGUAACGUGUCGAUACAUGGUGAAAUAUAUAUAAGGUUUGAGGGAAGGAUAUUUUGCAUUAGGAAGAGAAGCAAAGCAUCAGAUAAGAAAAAGAGGAAAUGAAAAAAUAAAAAAAACCUUAUUUGUUUUUAUUACCUUUUAUCACAUCAUCAUUUUAAUGUUUAUAUAUGUAAACAAGAGAUGGCUAGCAGCAAAGAAUCACACAGGUGUGGAACACUGCAUGACAUUUGCUGGUUGCAGUAUUAUAUGUUGAUUCUAACAAGUCUGAUUCCUCUUAUUAUAGUUUGUGAAAUGGAGAUUAUUGAUAUAUACUCCACGAUGGCCGUCUAAUCAGAUUAUUGAUGGCUCUCUGAUAAUUACAGUA